ACUUCUUAAAAGUUUGUGACAGUAACGGAAAAUUUUUACUUUAAAUUUUAGAUAAGAAUAGUGCAAUGUAUAGAGCUGUGAAACAAAAUUUAUUUAGGUAAACGUGACGAAGAUAUGGAGCAAUCUAAUAACAAAAUAGAAGGUGAAUCAAAAAAGGCAAAACAUUUAAUUUGCGACCAGUGUAAAGUGGAGUUGCCGAAUGAAGCUUCCAUGAGGCAACACCUGCUCGGGCAGAAGCAUAAAAAAUUAAUUGACGCGGAAGAAGACAGGAAAAGAGUAGAACGGAAGUGUGGUCUUUUCAUUAGAGGUUUUUCUCCGAAUGUUGAUAAAGAUACGAUUCUAUCUUACUUUUCUAAAUUUGGCAAAGUCGUAUGGGUGCAUUUUGACCAUUCAUUCCUACUUCUGGAUUAUGACGACCCCACGCCUGCAAGUAAUGUUAUAAACAGGACCCAUUACCUGGGGGGUCAAAGACUUAUGGUGAAAUAUAGACAGCUGAGAAGACAAGUUACAGCACAGAAAAAAGAGGAAAGCAACGACUUUGUAGAACGAUUAAAAGACGUCCCCAAUUUCGAAGACCAACUGGAAAUGCUUGGACAAAACCUCCAACCGGCUUCUCAACAGCAGUUUCCGAAGUACAACAAAGUGUGCAAGGACCUCUACAACGCCCUGUGCCACACGUUCCCCUACUGCCGCAUUCACCCGUUCGGUUCCACGAUAACGGGACUGGAAUUCAACAACAGCGACGUCGAUGUCUUCAUAUCAGGAGUGAAAUGGGGCAACAACGAUGUGCCCUACUUAUACCGAGCGAAGAGUUUGCUGCUCAACUCGCACCUAUUUGCUAACGUUAUAGUAAUCCCGCAGGCUAAAAUCCCGAUUCUGAAAUGCGUGCACGUUGAAACGGGCAUCAACUGUGACAUUAACCUCAAGAAUAUGUUGGGCGUCUGCAACAGUCGCCUCAUAAAUUAUUACAUGAACCUAGAUCCUAAACUUCGGAAGAUAAUGAUAGCGUUAAAGUUUUGGGCAAAGACGCAUAAGAUCACCGGGCAGAACCAUCUCUUCACGAAUUACUCAUUGAAUUUGAUGCUGAUUUUCUUCCUGCAGCAUAACCCGUUUCGUUUUCCCUCCAUUUUGAAACUUCAGGAGAAUCCGCAGUUUUUCAACAACCAAGACGGUUGGAAUGGCGGUUUCCAACCGAUCAUGUUUACCUGCUCCGAACUCCAUUGUACGUCCGUGUCGAAGCUGUUAGAAAUGUUUUUUUCAUUCUACGUGGAAUACGAGUAUGGUAUCAACGUUAUUUGUCCGUAUCUCGGUGUUUUCGUAAAAAAACAAACGUUCAAGGAACCAAAUAGCCUCCCCAACACAUUUAACACCUACAAACAAUACGUAGCAGCAACCAACCUGCCGUUGAAAGUCGAAACGGCGAUUUGCGUGCAAGACCCUUUCGAGCACUCGCGAAACACCACGCCGAUAGUAUCGACCGCUACCCUGGAAACGUUUGUCAGUUUUUGUAGGUUAGGCAAGAAGUUCUGCCAGGAAAACGAAGGACCGAUCCUGUAUAAGCUGUUAACGGAGGUACCCGAGAACGUGACGGCUCUGACGGUCGUUAAAUCACAAUCGAGCCAGUUCUCCAUACCCAUGAGACCAGGUAUGAAAUAUAUAGAAGAAAAACAUAAAUCUGGACCCGAAAGGCAUAAAGCUUGGUUCGAAAGCAUGGUGAAGUUCACAAAAAUUGUCCUCAAAGAUUUUUUGAGGCUCGAGAUGACUGAAAUCACUAAUACGGCUUCGAAAACGAAGCAUAAAAAAGCCGACGGACAAUCGGACGUGUACGCGGAAACAACACCUGUCUGCUUUAAAUGUCGCGGUAAAUUAAAUCUGUGGCAAGCCAGAAAAUCGACGGCAAAGAAUAAGCCCGAGGGUGAAGAACCGAAGAAGGGCGUCAUUGAGAAGGAGAUUGCGAUCACCGAGCAGUUGUGUGUUUUGUACAAAGACGUUUACCCAGACGACGAUAUCAUCAAUUUCGAGAUAAACCUGGAGCACUUUACGGAUCCCCCGAAAGUGACGAUAGACGUUAAAAAGGUCGCGGCCUACAAGAAUUCUUUCAAAUCUUUCGUUACGUUUUUCUCGGUUAAGUUGCCCGCUUGGUUUAAGGUUUUCGAACAGGAACAGAACGAGUGUUUGUGAAAUUAAAUAUAUAAUUUAUUUAGAUUUUCUGGGUGGAAUAUACGGGGGUACUUGUACAGAUAUUUUUAUAGAUUUGUGGAUUUGUGUAAAUAUACAUUAAAAAGCA